AUGUCGCUCGAGCUGCCCACCUACCUCAACUCCCUUCAGAACAAUAUCCGAGCUCGACCUAUUCCCUGGGAUGGCGCAGUGCGGGCUGGUAACAUCACUGAAGACCAGUUGCGCAAGAUCAAAGCAGUUGACAAGGUCCGGACACAAGAACGCAAACAGGCAGUCGAAGCCGAUCUGAAUGGAUAUACGACGCUUCUUGCCGGUAACCCUCCGGACGUGAAGAGUGUCUUGGAGUCGGCUUCUCGACGAACUGAUAUAGUGCAGUACAUUUUGGUUCUAGCUGCAGACUUAAUCAACGAUGUUCCUGCUCUUGCGUCGGCGCUCAUCUCGCACCCAAAUCCCUACAAUGCAUUCCUACCAUUUCUACGGAACCUCACAAACCCCGAAGAUCCUAUUCCUCUGCUCGCAUCCUCAUUCUUGACAAAUCUUGUAUCAACUGCGCUCGUCUCAGAUCAAACCACCGAUGCAGAAGAGGAAGCUCUACCACAGUUAUAUACAUACCUGGCGAAUUUGACGAAGAAUCAGGAUAGUGGACUCCAGGAUAUUGGAGUCCAAGGGUUUUCGGCACUGCUACGCAAUAAGGUGGCUAGAGAGCUUUUCUGGAAACAGCGUAGUGAGACCCUUGACCCCUUGAUGGGGAUACUGCGCACGGCGGCCGGCGGUAAAGACAACGGGUCAAUCAAUUUGGCUACCUCUGCUGCUACCAGCAGCAUUCGCACUGCUGAUAUCAGCAUUGGCGGCGGAGUGGGACUGCAACUGCUAUACCAUGUGCUUUUGGUUAUCUGGCAGCUCAGUUUUGAGGGCAGUCUCGUUGGAGAAGAACUCCAGUCGAAAUACGAUAUAAUCGAGUUGUAUACACAAUUACUACGACUCUCGCCAAAGGAGAAAACCACACGACUUCUCCUCGCUACCUUGAACAUCCUCCUUGUCGCAAAUCGCACACUCCUACCUGUGGCGACAUUCGUCCGCCUACCUGCAUUACUUUCGAACCUAAGCGGCCGCCAUUUGACUGAUCCCGAUCUUCUCGAGGACCUCCAGUCGCUGACGGACUUGUUGGAAGAGUACACAAAGACGCAGACCACCUUUGACGAAUAUGCAGCCGAACUACAAUCCGGGCAUCUGCGAUGGUCUCCCCCUCACCGCAACCCGGCGUUUUGGCGCGAGAAUGCUCGCCGCAUACUCGAAGAGGAACGCGGUGCCUUGCCCAAAAAAUUGGUGGAGAUCAUUGCGAAGAGCUGGGAAAAUGACAAACAAGUCUUGGCAAUUGCGUGUAAUGACGUGGGUAACUUGGUUAAAGAGGUUCCGGAGCGUCGUAUGCAACUCGAGAAACUGGGAUUGAAGACCCGAGUGAUGGAGUUGAUGACUGAUCGUGACGAGUCGGUACGGUGGGAGAGUUUGCGUGCAGUCGGAGAGUGGCUUCGAUACAGCUUUGAUAAAUAG